CAUCAUUAAAUGCCACUGAGCCUGCGCAAACUCAGCGCAGACCAGCCUUGGGUUCGGUAAUGGCGGGUACCGGUUUGGUGGCUGGAGAGGUUGUGGUGGAUGCACUGCCGUAUUUUGAUCAAGGUUAUGAAGCGCCUGGUGUGCGGGAAGCGGCUGCGGCGCUGGUGGAAGAGGAAACCCGCAGAUACCGACCAACUAAGAACUACCUGAGCUACCUGACAGCCCCAGAUUAUUCUGCUUUUGAAACUGACAUAAUGAGAAAUGAAUUUGAAAGACUGGCUGCUCGACAACCAAUUGAAUUGCUCAGUAUGAAACGAAAUCUAGUUCAUAUGAUUGAACAUGCACAGAAAGAGCUUCAGAAGUUAAGUUGGGUGUCCCUGGUCAGUAAGAAUUAUGAGAUUGAACGGACUAUUGUGCAACUAGAAAAUGAAAUCUAUCAACUCAAGCAGCAACAUGGAGAGGCAAACAAAGAAAACAUCCGGCAAGACUUCUGAAAAGACAGAUUAAUUUUAUGUGUAGAAAGGAAGAAAAGUUGGGUUUUCACAGAAUGCAUCUGAACUAUGAGGACAGCAACAUCUCACAGCGACAGAUGAUAGUUAAAUGUUUAGAAAUCAUAGAGUAUGUGGACUGUUGUGUUAAUUCUAUUCGUAUAUCUUAGCAAAAAUAAAAUUUUCUAACAUGGUAUUUUUAUAGCCAUAACGAAAACUUUGGGCAUUUAAGAUAAGUAAGACUUUAGAAAAAUAUUAUGUCAUAGCCAGGUGCAGUGGCUCACACCUGUAAUCUUAACACUCUGGGGGGCUGAGGUGGGUGGAUUGCCUAAGCUCACAGGUUUGGAACCAGCCUGAACAAGAGCAGACCCCACUUCUGAAAAAUAGCUGGGCAUUGUGUCACCUGUAGUCCCAGCUAUUUGGGAGGCUAAAGCAAGAGAAUCACUUAAGCCCAGGAGUUUGAGGUUGCUGUAAGCUGUUACUACAGCACUCUACCAAGGGUGACAAAAUGAGACUCUGUCUCAAAAACAAUAAAUAUUAUGUCAUAGAAUUACUAUAUUAUUUUGUAUCCAAGAAUUUUAUUUAAAGCUUUCAGGCUGGCUCCGUGCCUGUGGCUCAAGAGGCUAAGGCACCAGCCACAUAUACCUGAGCUGGCAGGUUCGAAUCCAGCCCAGGCCCACCAAACAACAAUGAUGGCUACAACCAAAAAACAGCCGGGCAUUGUGGCAAGCGUCUGUAGUCCCAGCUACUUGGGAGGCAGAGGCAGGAGAAUUGCUUGAGCCCAGGAGUUGGAGGUUGCUGUGAGCUGUGAUGCCAUGGUACUCUACCCAGGGCGACAGCUUGAGGCUCUGUCUCAAAAAAAAUAAAUAAAGCUUUCAGGCUAAGCAGUGGCUUACACAUGAAGACAGAAAUUAUGUGAAUGAAUGCAAAUUGAGUGUUAGGAUUCAUCUGUCCAUCCUCCACCCUCUGCCCAGAAGGAAAUUGGAAGAGUCUUUCAGAGAUCUACUAAAGUUGAAAUUGAGGUUUUCCCAACAAAUGAUCCAGCCAGGUCACUGAGGAGUGAGGCUCAACAAACUUUCCACAACAUACACAACUUCUUAUCCAUAUUUUAGCCCCCCACUUUUACUUUAUUCUUUUUUGAGACAGAGUCUUAUGUCGGUGCCCACUGUGGCACCCCGUCACCAUGCAAAUAAA